UGUCUGUUGACUGUAGAGUACCUCCUGCCUGCCACACCGGAUGUUCCGCAUGGCGAUUUAAACUUGUGGAACUAUCCUACGCGCGAAGUUAUUAGUGCUGUAAAGCACAACCCAGUUCCCAUCGCGCUAUUCCCUAUUCUGUAGGGGCUACAUCGUUCAUAGCAAGCCGACCAGAUGUUCACCGGAAGCUUGAAGGUUAAAAUAUGUGAAGCGAAGGACCUGCGGCCGACGGAUUUCCAGACACGACAUUCCAUCAGCAUUGCCAAAGGAGAUCAGCAGCUCAUCGAUCCAUAUGUGGCCGUCGAUGUCGAUGAGAAUCAUGUCGAUCGUACGACCACGAAGACGAGGACGACGAAGCCAACUUGGAAUGAAACUUUCAAGUAUGAAGUGACGAAUGGGCAGGCGCUGGGACUUACCGUUUUCCACAGCGCCGCCAUUCCACCAGAUGAUUUUGUCGCGAAUUGCAGUAUUCCAUUCGAGGAACUAGUUAAUGCGGAGCACAAGGAUAUCUGGGUGGAUCUAGAACCUCGGGGGCGACUGCAUGUGAUUAUAGACCUGCAAUGGGCUCAACCUGGUUCCGAUCAGCACGCCAGUGCACAACCUUCGAAGCCACGGGAAUUCAAGGAAGGACGUGGCUUCCACAAGAGACGAGGUGCAAUGAGACGAAAGGUGCAUCAGGUCAAUGGUCACAAGUUCAUGGCAACUUUUCUGCGUCAACCUACAUUUUGUUCCCAUUGUCGGGAUUUCAUAUGGGGUAUUGGGAAGCAAGGAUACCAGUGUCAAGUUUGCACUUUGGUGGUGCACAAAAGAUGUCAUCAAUUCAUCGUUACAAAAUGUCCGCAGUUAAAGGAUAUGACUCAUCAAGAUGAAGCCAUCAAGCGAUUCAGCGUGAACGUUCCACAUCGAUUCGCAGUUCAUAAUUACAAGCGAUUUACGUUCUGUGAUCACUGCGGAUCAUUACUCUAUGGACUUGUCAAGCAAGGACUGCAUUGCGGAGUUUGCGGAAUGAAUGUGCACAAGCGGUGUCAGAAAAAUGUCGCGAACAAUUGCGGAAUCGAUACUAAGAAAAUGGCAGAAAUAUUGAACGAAUUGGGCGUAACCAAGGAGAUCACGCAAAAACGUCCGAAGAAGCCUUCUAUAAGUGAUAGCCGUCUAUCUUCUCAGCCUCCUUAUGAGAAAACUUCGAGUUCCCCGCUGCCAAUAUCAGAAUUGCCGGAGGACGGCGGAAGUGGAAGCGAUGCUUCCGCCGGAGCCGAAAGCAAUGCCGGAGUUUGGACUCAGCAGUGCACCGAAGAUGAGCUUGUCCUUCGUCUAGCUGCGCAAGAGAUAAUGGAUAAGCGAUUGAAAGAUCGAGAAAAAUCUGGCGGACCGAUUCUACGAGAGAAGGAGCACCCGUUAACAGACACUGGUGCGAAAUUAUCAUUAUUAGACUGA